CUCUGUCCUUGCUCCAGAGAACAAGGGUGGGGGUGGGUGCCACUGGGUGUGGACAGAGAGCUAGUGAAACAAGACCAUGACAAGUCCCUGGCCGCCCAGCCGUGUCUGUGUUUCUCUUUUCUUAGCUCAGUGAGUACUGGAAGCUUCACAAGACUGCAUAUAUAAGAGGCUGGUCGGAGCUGCAGCUGAAGGAGUUGACCAGGCAACUGACCCUACACUCAUCUGGCCACCAUGGACAUCGCCAUCCACCACCCCUGGAUCCGCCGUCCCUUCUUUCCCUUUCACUCCCCCAGCCGCCUCUUCGACCAGUUCUUUGGGGAGCACCUGUUGGAGUCUGACCUCUUCUCAACUGCCACUUCUCUGAGCCCCUUCUACCUUCGGCCACCCUCCUUCCUGAGGGCACCCAGCUGGAUUGACACUGGACUCUCAGAGAUGCGUAUGGAGAAGGACAGAUUCUCUGUCAACCUGGAUGUGAAGCACUUCUCCCCAGAGGAGCUCAAAGUCAAGGUGCUGGGGGAUGUGAUUGAGGUGCACGGCAAGCACGAAGAACGCCAGGACGAACAUGGCUUCAUCUCCAGGGAGUUCCACAGGAAAUAUCGGAUCCCAGCUGAUGUGGAUCCUCUCACCAUUACUUCAUCACUCUCAUCUGAUGGAGUCCUCACUGUGAAUGGACCAAGGAAACAGGCCUCUGGCCCUGAGCGCACCAUUCCCAUCACCCGUGAAGAGAAGCCUGCUGUCACUGCAGCCCCCAAGAAGUAGAUUCCCUUUCCUCAUUGCAUUUUUUAAAACAAGACAGUUUCCCAUCAGCGAAUGAAAAUCUGUGACUAGUGCUGAAGCUUAUUAAUGCUAAGGGCUGGCCCAGAUUAUUAAGCUAAUAAAAUAUCGUUCAGCAACAGA